AUGGCACUUCCCCCGAAGUGGUAUCAGUUCCUGGUCGGAGUGUUUGCCUCGCUCGGUUCUUACCUCUUUGGUUAUGACCUGGGUGUCAUUGCCGAAGUGAUCGCUAGCAACACCUUCAAGGACAAAUUCGCCGCCAAUGACACGCAAUCUGGACUCGUGGUUUCCAUGUUCACGACUGGUGCCUUCUUUGGAGCCAUGUUCGCAGGUCCCAGUGGUGAUUAUCUUGGCCGCCGAUGGACUAUCGCAAUAGGCGCCACCAUCUUUGUCCUUGGCGGAGGACUCCAAACAGGCGCGAUGAAUCUGGCGUACCUCUACUCAGGCCGCUUUCUCGCUGGACUCGGAGUGGGAUUCCUCGUUAUGAUCAUCCCGCUAUAUCAAGCUGAAUUGGCGCACCCGAGCAUCAGAGGACGUAUUACAGCCCUACAGCAGUUUAUGCUCGGGGUGGGUGCUCUCGUUGCCUCGUGGAUAUCAUGGGGAACGUACGUCAACAUCAAGGGCAACAGCGCACAAUGGAGAAUUCCACUUGGAUUGCAGAUUGUGCCCGCUGUAUUUCUAGGGGCCCUGAUUUUCCUCUUCCCGGAGUCCCCAAGAUGGCUCAUGGACCACGACCAAUCCGACAAGGCGUUAGCAACUCUUGGAAAGCUCCACGCACACGGAAACACAAAUGAUCCAUGGGUUAUUGCCGAGUAUGAGCAGAUCCAAGCCUCGAUCGCCCAUGAACACCAGCACGAAGCGAAAUCCUACGUCGAGCUCUUCAAAUCACGAUCUGCCUUCCGCAGACUAUUCAUAUGCUGCGCUCUGCAGGCCUCGAUCCAAAUGACUGGAGUUUCUGCAAUCCAGUACUACUCUGUGACUAUCUACGGCCAAAUUGGCAUUUCCGGAGACGACACCCUCAAAUACCAGGGUAUCAAUAGCAUCAUCGCAUUGAUUGCACAGUUCUGCACAAUCCUAUUCAUCGACCGAACUGGCAGAAGGUGGCCUUUGAUUCUUGGAAAUCUCGCAAACAUGGUGACAUUCAUUAUUGCGACCAUUCUGCUCGCCAAAUUCCCGCCUGGCACUUCGGAUAACCGCAGUGCUCAAUGGGGAUUCAUCAUCAUGACGUGGCUUUACAAUUUCUCCUUCUCCUGUACUUGCGGUCCGCUGAGUUGGAUUAUCCCGGCCGAGGUCUUUGAUACCCGAACUCGAAGCAAGGGUGUCUCCAUCGCGACAAUGACAAGUUUCGCAUUUAAUACCUUGAUUGGCCAAGUCACACCCAUUGCAAUGACCAACAUCGGUUACAAGUACUACUACCUCUUCAUCAUCUGCAAUCUGACCAACGCUCUAUUCUUCUGGCUUACCCUUCCCGAAACCGCUCGCCGACCACUAGAAGAGAUGAACUACCUGUUCAACAAUGCACCCUGGAUCGUUGUUGGUACCAGUAAGGAUAGCUAUGCGAGCCAUGAUCUCGAGAACAGGUUGAAUGUGAUCACAGCUGAGGCACAGGUCAAGCACCGUGGAAGUGUCAAGCAUGAGGAGAAGGUGGCUCAUGAGUCUUGA